AUGCUACAUAACAGAGACAGAGGCGUGAGAGGGAAAAAAAGAAAGAACAAAGAAAAGGAGCAAAGAAGGAACUUCAAUCGUUGCCAAGAUGAGUACUAUGAAAUUUUGCCGUGAAUGUAACAACAUUCUCUACCCUAAGGAAGACAGAGAUCAAAAGAUUCUUCUCUACGCUUGCCGCAACUGCGACCAUCAGGAGGUUGCGGAUAACUUCUGUGUGUACAGGAAUGAGAUACAUCAUUCUGUUGGAGAGCGCACUCAAGUGUUACAGGAUGUAGCUGCAGAUCCAACACUUCCUCGGACCAAGUCUGUUCGCUGUACUCAAUGCAAUCAUGGUGAAGCUGUCUUUUUCCAGGCAACAGCCAGAGGGGAAGAAGGAAUGACACUUUUUUUUGUUUGCUGCAAUCCAAACUGUGGAUACCGAUGGAGAGACUGAAAUUUGAGCUUCUUCAGAUGAAGGUUCAAUACUGGGGAAAUCCAAUAUUUGUUUUAGCUUAUUUUGAAAAGUCAAUAGUUUUCCUUUUCUUGUCAAGUUUCUGAAAAACUUUUGAAAAGCAAAAACUUCUACUCAAAAUCUAAGCUAAAACAAAAAGGGAGAGAAUGUUAUCUGGAAAACUUGAUUGAAAAGGGGACAGUGCUACUAAAGUAUUUGUGUUUUAUCUGCAGUUUCUGAUCUAAUGAUUAAAAUAUAGUUAAUGUACAAACUGUUGUUGGUCA